AUGUAUUGGGUGGAUGCAAACGGAGACCACCCGCAACAGAUGAUGGACCAUCAUGCGGCAAAUGAGCAACAGCGAGCGCUCUUCGAAUACUACAUGAACAAUCAGCGACACCAUACAAGGGGUGCGGUGGCUCGUGCUCAAGCGGCUGCCGUCUCGGCGAUGAACACUAUGCAACCACAUCAGCAAUUCCAUCCGUUUCAACAGCAACUCCCAAUGGUCGAAGAAGUGAAAGGCAAACGCUACGAGGUCGGACCUCGAUACCACACGCUUACCUACAUGGGAGAGGGUGCUUAUGGAACAGUUGUUGCGGCUUUUGAUUCACACGCUCGUAAACGUGUCGCUAUCAAGAAGAUUUCACCAUUCGAGCAUCAAACUUUCUGUCAGCGAACAUUGCGUGAAUUGCGGAUCUUACGACGUUUUAAACAUGAAAAUAUCAUCGACAUCCAAGAAAUUAUGAUCCCUUCCCAGAUUAAUACCAUGAAAGACAUAUACAUCGUUCAAUGUUUGAUGGAGACUGACUUGUACAAAUUGUUGAAGAUUCAUCAGCUCAGCGCAGACCAUGUGUGCUACUUCUUAUAUCAAGUGUUGCGCGGAUUAAAAUACAUUCAUUCGGCAAACGUUAUCCACCGCGAUCUGAAGCCAUCAAACCUCUUGCUCAACAACACUUGCGAUUUGAAGAUCUGCGACUUUGGCCUGGCGCGUGUUACCGAUCCACAGCAUGAUUACACUGGAUACUUGACUGAAUAUGUUGCUACAAGGUGGUAUCGUGCGCCUGAAAUUAUGCUAAACGCAAGGGGAUACACAAAAGCGAUCGAUAUCUGGAGCGUUGGCUGCAUUUUGGCCGAAAUGCUCGGCAGACGUCCAUUAUUCCCUGGAAAGCACUACCUCGAUCAAUUGAAUCUCAUCUUGAACGUGUUGGGAACACCGUCGAGGGAGGACCUCGAAAGCAUCGUCAACGUGAAAGCGCGUGCCUAUCUGAUGUCAUUGCCCAUCAAAGAGAAACAGCUAUGGCACCGACUUUACCCUAAUGCCAGUCGAAACGCUCUAGAUUUGCUUGAUAAGUUGCUCAGCUUCAAUCCGGAGAAACGAAUCACCGUUGAGCAGGCACUCGCACAUCCAUACUUUGCUGGUUAUUACGAUCCAACUGAUGAGCCAACUUGUGGUCAACCUUUCACUCAUGAGAUCGAAUUGGACAAUCUGCCAAAGGAUGAAUUGAAACGAUUAAUUUUGGAGGAAUCCGAGUUGCUUCAUCGUGGCAUCAUUGCAGAGCCGGAAAUGUUGACGCCGGUUUCGAUUGAUGGAAAG